CAACGAUCAUCAACCAUGGCGUCCGAGCCAGCCUGGGCGUGCGUGGCAUCGUCGGCAUUUCCUCUCGUAUACUCGUACAGCAAGGAGCUGACGCUGGGAGGUCAGAGCAGUCGUAAUUUGGAGAAAGACCACAGCAAGCUCAUCCAAGCGCUCGAGCAGCAACUCAAGGUGAAGGGACGUAGUGCCGCCAACAAAGCCGAGACACUGUUCUUUUACAGCCAUUUCCCGUUUCUGACGUCCAUGGAGCUUGACUUGGUACUGCUGCGGUUGUCGGAACAGUUUUGUGCAUCAACGUCGUCGACGAGUUUCCGCGUGGCCAUUCUGGCGCUCAUUCGACGCCUUCAAGUCCAUUUCCCGGGCAAAUCGAUCACCGACCCUAGCAAAAUUACGACCCCCUUUGCGCAGCUCGUUGCUCAGCACGACCUAGUGGAGACACGCAUCCUCACGUUGCAAGUGCUUGCCAUUCUCGCUCCUUUUGCCCGCGAUGACCAGACCGUUCAUAGCUCAGUACUCAACGCAAUCGACACCACAGAAGAGGCGGAAGCAGCGGCGGCCGUCAACACGGCACUGGCAUUGCUUCCUCACUCACCUUCGUUUCAACAUCUUGCAGCGCAAAAGUUCUUGUCGGCGCCUCUUGAGCUUCACGUUUUACCUCUCUUGCCACUAUUGUGUGACUCGGUUCCUGAGGUCGCCCAACAGCAAUACGCCAAGUGCCACGAAUUCCUCGACCGUGGCAUCUUCGUCAAUGACAGUGGCACGGUCGAAUUCGCCAGCGCCCGGUGGUCGGCCCCAAUUUUACUCACCAUGACUCGACUGGCCUCCCUUGGGCCACCCUGUCUUCUCGAGAGUUUGACUUCGCUGUUUCGUUCGAUCUUGGUGACACCAAACAAUGCGUCGCUUCAGCGCAUCGCACUGCGCUGCUGCGUCCUCCUCAUCCGCCCAUCCACGUCGCCGCACACUUUGGAUGACCUUCUCCACCUGGUCACAGACAGCAUCUUUCCCCAUGCUGGGUCGAAUGACGUGGACAUCGACAUUCUCUUGUUCCUUGAACGCUAUACUCAACACCGGGCGCUCCCUGCGGACUUGAACCUUCCCCGAGCCGUGGUUGCUCGGCAGGCGGUACCGCAUGCAACUCCAAUUUUUGCGCGAGUCUUGCACAAUCACGCCUGCCACGAACUAAAGAAUGAGGGUGCUUCGUCCCUCGCCGUUGAAUGUCUCGCGCAGCUGCUGUGGACAGCAUCGCCCAAGAUACAAUCUGCAGUCAUCCACUCGUUGGAAAGCCUCGCGGCGAUGCAUCCAGUCGUGGCCACUCAUUUGACUUCACGCCUUGCCCAGACCUUGCUCGGCAACAACACAGUGGAUGGCUCAACGGGUCGGUUGUGGGUGCUGCUGUCGCACUUGACUACAAUUUGCCCGCUGCCUGACGAGUUUGCGACGGCCAUCGUCGCCGCACUCCCAUCGAAAUGGAUUACGGCGUCGAAGACGGCACUCGCGAUGGCUGUCACGCUCCUGCGCUGCGGCUACACGGACGAAUUCAAGCAACACUCUGGAAUCCUUCCACCCGUCCCGUCAUUUGAGGCGUACGAAGUCGCCCGAGAAUGCAUCCUCCAUGGUGCGUUUGAAGUUGCAGCCGAAGUUCUUGCUGAGUUGACGCCUCAGUGCACUUCGGAGAGAACGGGACAUUGGAUGGCUGGACUGCAUGCAUGGACAACGGCGGAAGCUCUCUUUAUCUCCCAGCCGUCCAUUGUGCCACCGAAUGGCCUGGUUCAGCUGCAGUCGGCGCUCACAUCACUCCAAGCCGCAGCCACGUCGACGAUGCCUUUCGUAGCCCCCCAAGCGUUCUUGACCUACCGUAUUGGAUUCUUUGCGACGCUAAAUAACCUUUUCCAGAUGCUGUUUCAAGUUCAAAUCGCAGGACUCGGGUCAGUCAAACGAUUAGCUGACAUCGCCGCUCAGUUUGCGUCGCACAGCGCGACUGUGAUUUCGAUUGGCAACGCAGCAUGGAACCACGGCGAUCUGCAUCUCCUCGCUGCCCAUGCACACCUGUGCCAUGUGCUCCAUGACACAAUCCAUCGCUUCUUGUUGGAACCAUCCAACACCGCGAUGACUGUACGCCCGUGGCCAGGAAGGACAGUGGAUUCCCCCAGGGCUCCCUUCACCCCCCUCUGGCACUUUUGCAAGGGUUUGGACGCAGAAUUGCCUCAAGUGUCCGUGUCAUCCUCGAUUCAGGAUGCUGCUGCUCUCGUCGUCGACCUCGGACGCGCAGCCCUCGCUCUGCCAUGCGCGAUUCCAAGACAGCUCUUCCGCACGACAUCCGUGCAUGUGCCCAGCGACGUUCAGAUUGUGUCGCCUGCCCUCAAGGUGAUGAGCCGCAGUGUCAUUGGCGUAGCCACCCACUCGAGCUGCCAUGGCCACCUCCACGUCACAUUGGACUUGCACCACGCUCGACAGGACAGUCCACUCAAGAACUACUCGAGCCGAUCAUGGCAACUGGUGUUUGAAGGCAAGAUGGACAACGGGGUCGAGUUUACCACCUCCGUCGGGUAUGCUGACGGCGUGAUGGGGGGUGGUCGAUGGCAAGGCACUCUUCCGCUCCACUUAAACGCCGGGGGAUUUGGCGCCCAAGGCACGUCGAGUGCUCUCACCGGCCGCCUCUGGCUCGUUGACGAGACAAACUACGAGCGGUGGCUGGUCGCCGACCGGGCGCUCGAACGCACAGUUGUCGUUUACUAAUAUGCCAUCCUUGGAAUUGACAGAAUGAACUGGCGCUUUGCGCGACGUUGUGGUUG